GACAAACUUGAAGUCCCGAGACCUGAACGCAUCAAAUUAUAUACGAUUAAAAGAACAAUUCGACCGUUGUCUAGGUCUGAUAACUAAUAAUCUACUCUUUUUACUGUUAAAUAGUGUCCGUGCUAUCAUUGCCCUUGGUUGUAUACCACCGCGUCUGAAUUAUAAUUUUGGCAAUAUGUGAUGGCCACGCAGUGCUUUUUUUUUUUCUCUCCCCCCCUUGACCCUUCCCCCGUUCUUAACUAACUUAUUGUGAAAUGUUGUUUCUCUUUAAAAUGUUAGUCAAGUGAACAUUAUUCCGCAAAAUGUCCACAGCUCUGUACCAAAAGGACACAGCUAGUCGCCUUCGGGCCCAGCUGAGACGCAAAGCCAUCAGCCUCUACUAUGGGAAAAGUCCAAAGAUGACUUUUGAAGAUGUGGCUAAGAAAAUGCAGUUGCCACAGAAGUAUAUUGAAAAGUGGAUAAACAGAUAUGAAAAAACUGGUUUGCAUGGUUAUGUGGGUCAGAGGCAAUCGGCUAUUCUCUGCAUUUACAAGAAGAAUCCCAACAUUACUCUGUCACAGUUGAGAAUAUUAUUGAAAAAAGUCGGGAUAGUCUUGAGCAACAGUGAGUUGGGACACAUUUUAAAAUCUCUCAAACACAUAUUGACCGAUCCUAUGUUCAAAUCUGCGAGCGAAGAGCAAAUAUUAAAAAAACUGGCUAAAGUAACUAAAGUGCAAGCAAAAUCAGUUAUCAGGAUGAAUCAGAAAAUGAAAUUGGAAAGAGAUAAGGAAGAUGGUGGUGGUAAAGAGCAUCCUCAUGCACAGGUUACAAAAUCAAUUUAUCUAGAUCAUAAUUACGUGUCGCAUCCAGAUUUAUCAUAUGAUGAAAAUGAUUAUUCACUUUACGAUAAAGUAGACAAAUUAACAAAGUACAAGACUGAUCUAAUGAACAAAAUAGCAACAGUUUCUGACAACUUGGACAAACUGUUUGAUUCAGAAGGCAAAAUAAAAGAAGAAAGCAAUCAUAAGAAGAUGAAAUAUAAAAUUUCGCUGCUAAGGGAACAAAUACUUUAUUUAUGUUUAGAAAUGAAAGGUCCUAAAUUGAGUAUCGAAGAAAUAACUCAAAAUUUACCUCUGACGAGAACAAUGGUGAGUAAAUGGAUAGAACAAGCUAAAAGUAUCAAAAGAUAUGUCCAUGCAAAGCACGUAAACAAGUGUUGUGGCAAGAUACAGGAAUCGAUAGUACGCUUGGUAAAACUUAACUCAGAAUUAAAAACAGAAGACAUUAAAAAUAUUCUGCAUAAUGUUAAUAUAGAUUUGUCUAAUUUGAAAUUGGAAAGACAACUUAAUAGUGUGAAGUAUAUGAUUAAUGGGCCUGAAGAUUUUAUGGAAAAAGAUCACGAAGAAAUAAUGAUGCAAAAGGAUGAUAUAGAUUAUUGUAUCAAAGUGUUGUCUUUAAAAAUAAGUUCUAUUAAUCUAAACAAACCAAAACGCAAAAAGUUUUGUAAUAUUAUUGAAAAAUCCAAUUCACAACAGUUAUCACUUCAGAGCAUCGUUGAUUCCUUCAAUUCAAAUAAACAUACAAAUUUAUCAUCUGUUAAAAUUAUUUCGGAUCACAUUUACCAAAAUUCUCCGCCGAUCAGUAAUUUAAUCAACAACGUAAAAACCGUAAGACUCACACUGCCCAAAGAAUUAACCAACAUGAGCAGUAAUGAUCCAAAUGAUAAAUCUUCGCAGAGCUUAGAGUUAUUAAAUUAUGAGUCUAUAAAUACUGAAGUUAAAAAGAGAUUCAAUGGUAUUAAUGGUAAAAUAAAUGGAUUAAACCUUCUUCAAGCAGUUACUUUCAAUGAAAUGGCUAUGUAUGGGAUAACAAGGGAAAAUAAUAAAGAAAAAGGUAGUCCUGUAGUUGUAGAAUAUAGUAACGUUUCAACACAAUCAAACAAUAAAAUAGUAACAUCUGAAUGUAAUGAAGACGUAAGUUUACUACAAAGUAUUUCAAUGAUCCCUAACGAUUUUUCUACACAACAUAAAGGUUGUUCCGAUAAUAAAAAAGAACAGCAAAUUCAACAACUAGAAGUAAUUGAAGAAACUGUGUGUAGUAUUGAUUUAGACAGACAUAUUGUUUUUCAUAAAGAUGCAGUUAAAGAAAAUACCUCUCCAAACUUGGGCACGCUAAAAGAAUAUGUAUUCUGUAACAAGCAGGAACAAGUCAAUCAUCCACAAACAAAUACCAACUUAUGUAAUUUGGUUAUUGAAGAAACCAUGCUCAGUAAAAGUGUAGAAAACUUUCCAAAAGUCGUUAAUGAAGAAGUGAUUUCUAAUGUUUCUGUAGUUGAAAAAGACAAUGAAAUAACAUUACCAUUAAAUACUCAGGGUAAUAUUACAAUGGAAAGAAUCCCAGAAACUGAAAGUUUUAUAGUCAAUGAAACAGAAUUGGUAGAAGAUAUCAGUAAAAAAGUAACUGAUAAUGUUAUAAGUGACACCCCUUUAGUAGAAAAUAUAUCGGAAGAAGUAGAGGAAGAAUCUGGAAUAGGUAGUCUAAUUCUUGAUAACAAGAUUCAUGAAGAUGACGAGGAAGAAGAUUUAAUGGAUGAAAAUAUGGUUGGUAACACGUCAGCAUCAUCAGAUGAAUAUACCAGUUAUAAAGAAAGAAAAAGAAAAUAUAGUGAAAAUGAUAUUUUGGAAUCUGAUGAAUCUGAAUUUGAACCAAUUGAUGACUUAUCAUUCAUAGGACUAGAUUCAGAUUCUGAUACCCUUGUUAGAGAAGAGACUGAUGACAGUGAGAAGGAAAUAAUGACUGAGUAUAUAGAGUGUGAAGACAAUUCUGUGGUGAUAAAGUAUUGGUUAGCUACGUAAUUUAAACUCAUUCUAAUAGGCUUAUUAAAUUUGAUAGACUAAUCAAUACCUAAUUUCUUUUAACUUAACAUGACACCUAGAGAAGUUUGAAAACCUCUUAAUAGAUAUGAACAAAUUUUAUCCCUAGAACAAUUCAU